AUGAAGGUGGAGACGGAGGGUGCUGAUGCCACAGUCCAUGUUGCCGCUGUCAAUCUCAAGUCAUUUCUGCGGGAGUUGGCGGAGCCAUUGCUCACAUUUGACCUGUUCGAUGAGGUGAUCAACUUUCAGCAGGUGUCGGGAGGUCCUUCUGCUGCGCAACGACAGGAGAAGACUAAUGUUGCGAGGACACUGGUUACUGGACGUCUGCCGGAGGCCAACUACCAACUGCUGAAGUAUAUUGUGACUUUUCUGGUACGCGCUUUGGACCACUCGGAGUUUAACAAGAUGAAUGCGUCUAAUUUGGUUAUUUUAUUUGGACCAAACCUGCUGUGGUCAAGAAGAGUCAACGAAAAACAGGCUUUCAGUUUACUGGACGCUAUUACGGCGAUCAAUCAUUUUACCGAGUACAUUCUUUGCAACUAUGAUCAGAUUUUUGACCGUUGA